AUGUCAGUCAGAAAAGUACGUACGAAAAGCAGGGCAGCAGAAGAAAUGGUCUGUCCUGCUACAUCAUCACCGUCUGGUGGUCAAAAAAAAGUAGUGGAAUACUUUCGGACCAUUCAUCGUGAUUCAGCCAAGAAAUUUAAACGUCUUAAGGUAUUUACCGAAAAUGAUGAGACAAAAACUGUUAAACAUACUUUGGAAUCACCAAAAAAAGUGGCUCGUUUAAAAUCACCGCAAAUACCGGAAAAGGAAACUGACAGCGGUGAUCAAGAAUGGGUUUUGCCAGUGACAUGUGAGACAGAGGUCGCCCAGAAGAGUAAUAAGGUAAAGGAGAAUGAUAAUGAUGCUAAAUCCAGUUCGGAACCUGCGGGAAGCAGCAAGAUCUCUAGGUGUCCAAGAAAGGAAAUGACAGAAACUGAUUCAAAAGAAAAGCGGGAACAAAUGUAUGAUGAAAUUAAGCAUGAUUUGGUGAAUGUUGCUUUUGCGGUACCCUGCGAAACUGAAACGAAUAAAGAAGAUAAAAUUGAUUUGGACAUUUUACCGAGCGCAGUAAAAUUGGUCGAAAGCAUCAAAAACAGCACAGAUUCGAGUGUAAUUGAUACAUUUCCACUUCCUACAAAAUAUGAACGGUUACUACGCUUGUUCGAUUACACAGAAAUGGUUGUUUCUUGGCUAGAAACGCAAGGGAAACGAAUUACAUUGAAUGAAGUGAUGACUAAUGUUCAGCGUCAAUUGAAAAGCAACUACGAUGAGCAGCAGUUUGCAAUGAUGCUGUCGAUAUAUCCUGAAUCGUAUAACAUUCGAUGUGAGCGACGUUGGAUGCCGAUUGGUGGCAGACAUUGUAAUCACAAAGAAUAUGAAUAUGUGAUUGAACCAAAUCUUGUCAACGACCUUGUUCUUCCACAGAAAAAACAUGUAAGAGAAACUUCUUCAUCGAAAUCUUCACCGGUCAAAUCAACAUUGGGUUCACCUUGCAAAGUUCCUUUAGUUUCACUUGCCCGGAAUCCAAUACCCUCGUCACCUAGAAGAGUUAUAAUGAAAUCACCAACCAAAUCACCCUCUGGAUCAAAUAUGGUUACUAGGUGUCCUCCAAAGUUAGAAAGUCGUCGCUUACAUCGGAAACUGGAAUUCAAAAGUCGUUUGCGCAAGCUGGUAAAUAUACAGCAUGCUGCUUUUUUGAAGAAUGAAGGAAUUGAAAUUUCACCUGAUGAACAACUUCCAAGAUACCAUCCGGAUUUCGACCUUGACGCUGUGGUUGACAUCACACCUGCGAAGUUACCUGAAAUGCCGAAAGGUGAUGCUGGUCAACCUGAAACGAUGCGAGAAUAUUUGAAAGCAGUGCCUGAUAGCAGUAGUACGCUUCCUGAAAAAAUUAAGAUGGUGAUCAAGGAACUCAGAAGUCCAGAAAAGAAAGUCGCUGUUGUUGCCGAUAAAUGCAUACCGUUAUCGCCGAAGAAAUAUGUAGAAACAAAGAACACUUCAAAACCAAGUCUCCUGGAAAGAAUUCGAGCCAAAGAACGAGAGCGGAAACGGCGAGAAAUGAUGCGAAAUCCCGAGAUGGAACAAAGAAAAGGAAGGUUGGAGAGGAUUUCUCACUCGCUAUUACAGUGCAUUUGCAGCUACUACAAUUUGAAAAAAGUUGGAUCAAUGAAAUUUGUGGAAUUGAUCGACAAAUUGGCUUUCAGUAUUGGCAUUAUUUCGAAAGUGGAAAUUGAAGCAGCUAUUAAUUUGCUCUGCGAAGUUUGUCCAACAUAUUUUAAAAUAGUCGAAGUACGCGGUGAAAAAUACAUUCAUUUGAAGGACAACAAUUUUUCUGCCAUCCGAGAUAUUGUAAAUGUAGAGAUCAAGAAAUGUAUUUAG